CCCCUCUCCACCCACCUUAAAGCAGCUGCUCCAGUCGCCAUAAUCCACAUUUGGUCUCUAAAAGUGAUCCAAAAAUGACAAUGAAACUGGCCUACUGGGACAUUCGCGGGCUUGCUCAGCCUGCCCGUCUGCUGCUGGAGUACACUGGCUCUAAGUAUGAGGACAAGCUUUACGUCUGUGGUGAAGCUCCCAACUUUGACAAGAGCUGCUGGUUUGAUGAAAAAAAUAAACUUGGAAUGGACUUUCCAAAUCUGCCCUACUUGGUGGAUGGAGACAGGAAGAUAGUGCAGAGCAAUGCUAUCAUGAGAUACAUUGCUCGUAAGCACAAUUUGUGUGGAGAGACAGAGGAUGAGAAAGUCCGUGUGGACCUCUUGGAGAACCAGUCGAUGGACUUCAGAAACGGCUUCGUGAUGUUGUGCUACACUGACUUUGACAAGCAGAAGCCAGGGUACCUUGAGAAGCUGCCUGAGGUACUGAAGCAGUUCUCAGAUUUCUUAGGGGACAGGAAGUGGUUUGCUGGUGACAAGAUCACUUUUGUAGACUUUAUCAUGUACGAGCUGUUGGAUCAGCACAGGAUGUUUCAUCCAACGUGCCUGGAUGACUUCAAGAACCUCAAAGAUCUUUUAGACCGCUUUGAGGCUCUUGAGAAGAUUGCUGCCUACAUGAAGUCAGACAGAUUCAUGAAGACUCCUGUCAACAACAAGAUGGCCAAGUGGGGAAAUAAGAAAGAGUAAAAAGACUGACACCUUUUUAAAGGAAAAUAACAAUGUUCACAAGUGCAACUAAAUCAGUAAAUCGUAAAUACAAGACUAGAGAAAAUAAAUAGUUUUAAGUAACUUUUAUUAGCUGGUUGUGUAGGUUUCAAGUCCUGUAAUCACAUUUUACACUUUUCCCAACAUAUACAUUCCUGUUAUAAGAAUAAUUCAAUUUUAUUUGAAUCAGAAUUGUGUAAAAAGAACAAGUUUGAAUUGAUAUUUAGACAAGUAAAACUUUAAUCUGAGUAAAAGCACUUAAUUUACGAAUUACAUUUGGAUAUUUUUUUGUUGGAUUAAAGUGAAUUUUGUUCUGA